AUGAAUGGACGUAUCGACCCAAUAGUCAACCCCGGCAAACUAAGCUCCCAUAGCCACACGAUUGUUGGUGGAAGCAACAUUGGCAUCGACAGUUCAUACGAGAGCAUGAUCAAUAGUGCCUGCACCUCUUGCGAAAUCCAAGCGGACAAGUCCGCGUACUGGGCUCCCAUACUGUACUAUCAAUAUGCGAAUGGACAAUUUCACGACGUAUACCAGUCCGGAUCUGUCGUCUACUAUCUUGGCCGCGGCCCAAAUGUCGGAAAGACUGUUCCUUUCCCGGCAGGGUUCAAAAUGCUUGCUGGCAACACUGCAGCCAGGGCUUUUGACACCAAGGCCUAUACCUGGGGUGACGAACGUAACCCGCCGCGUCUUGUCGCUGAGGCUAUUAAUUUUGCUUGUUUGGGAGCCAACAAGGGUUUUCCUGAAGCAAACGGCCUGAACAACACCUUCUGGAAACCUUUCGAAUGCGUCAAUGGCCUCCGAGCCCAGAUUCAUUUUCCAACUUGUUGGAAUGGCGUUGACCUUUACAAGGUUGAUGGCUCACAUGUCGCUCACCUGAGUCAGAUCGACAACGGGGUCUGCCCACCAAGCCACCCUCACCAACUGCCACAUAUUUUCCUGGAAACUCUAUAUAGUAUCGACUCUAUUCCGGGUGAUCUUACCUGGGGCCGGUUUGUCUUUUCCAAUGGCGACCCAUCAGGAUAUGGCUACCAUGGGGACUUCAUCAACGGCUGGAACUCGACAGUUCAAGCACUCGCAGUAGCGAAUUGUCUGGCAACGGACAAUGCUGGCCAAAUCAGUGCCUGCCCAUAUCUGCAAGAAAGUGAUACAGAUGGCUACAGCAGGAAUUGCCCAUUGAAAAAGUCCUCUGUCAACGAGACCGUCCUGGGAUUGCUACCAAAACUCCCUGGAUGCAACAACAUCACGAAUGGACCCUCGAAUGCGACACCGCAGGACUGGACCUGCCCGACGUCUGUGACACCGCCUUAUGUCACUCCAACGGUCAACUCGGUAGCCCAACAUACGGUGCGGCCGUCGAUCGGUUCCUUCUACCCAACUGCGACGCAGCAAAAAUACCUCGGUUGCUUCAACGACACGACUGGUGGGGCGCGGGCCCUCGAUGGCAAGCACACGUCCACGGAGUCCAUGGACGUCCCGGCCUGUCAGACAUACUGCAAUUCGCAUGGUUACAGGCUUUCUGGCGUCGAGUAUGGCACUGAGUGCCAUUGCGGGAACACGAUCACCAAUUCCGCAAAUACUGGCAAUCUCAUCGGCGGAUUCGAGCGAUGUACCUGGCUCUGCAGUGGAACCAUCGCAAGAGAAAACGGCACGCAGGAGGUUUGUGGUGGCUAUGCUGCCAUCUCCAUCUACAACAACACAGACCCCUCAUUUGGCAAGACAUCAUCACAGCCCUCUCCAGGCGAUUAUCUCGGCUGUGCCUUUGACGGGUCCUCCACGCGCGCACUACAAGGUGCAUCCACUUCUGGAUCAGGUAUGACCGUGGAUUUGUGUGCAACUUUUGCACAGAAAGGAAACAGUGGCGCGGGCUACAAGUACUUCGGCGUCGAAUACAGCUCGGAGUGCUACGUCGGGAACACGCUCAUGCCGUCCGGCAGGAUAUUGACGGAAACCUCGGACCCGCCGAGCAGCUCGUGCAAUAUGAAGUGCUCGGGAAAGGAUUCCCAGACAUGCGGGGGCGCUGGUUUGCUCUCCCUGUACUACAACUCGAAUUACACAGCAAACUCGGCAGUUCGCCCCAGCAUCGGCAGCUACCGUGCCCUUGGUUGUCUGACGGAUUCCCAAGCGACGCAGGGCCUGCGGUCUCUGGCUGCCGCGUCCUCUUACUCGGACGACAUGACAGAGGAUAGCUGUGUGGCAUAUUGCCAAACGAAAGGCUAUCGGUAUGCCGGGUGA